CAAGUUUCCCUUAGCUUUUAACUCUCAAGAACUCUGCCAACAGUUGGCUGUGGCUCUCCUGCAGUCACGGAGCAUUGGAAUGCCGGCUAGGAAGCUCCCUAAGUGACCGGAGGGACACACAAGAGAGGCUGCCCCUGAGCUUCUGCCGAGGCCUUUCAGGUGGCAGUGGGUGUAGUGGCGUGGGUGACACUGCAACAGGAUACCACUAGGAUCUCGAGGUAAAGAGACGAAGGAGAGGAUACUCGUAUGCAGUCCAAUGAAGCUUUUUUUCAGAGGACGGGUCAGCGCAGCGUCUGGACUCUGCACUAUUCCUCAGCAGCAGAGAAAGGAAAGAAAACCAGCACAACUCCAAAGGAAACUUUGAAGAGCUUGAAAAAGGAAUCAAAUCGUAAAACUGUUACUGUGCCCUGUAAGGCCCUUGUGUGGGUGACUUCAAAGGAGGAUGGUGGUCGAGGACGCUUUGGCAAGAGUGCUUACGGCUGUGGGCUAUCUAGGAUCCAAGUAAAUAACUCCACAGCGCUUCAGGAGAGGAGACUCCCAAAUACUGUGCUGCUUUGAAGAGUUUACCAUAGAUCACAGUUCUCAUCCAACAGGACACAUGGCUCUUUUAAAGAAAGUUAACCAGAUCUUACUGUUACUUCUUGUCUUAACCGUGUGUGCUAUUCUGUAUAGCAAAGUUCACCAAGUGCCCUUGGCAUUAAGAAAUGAAACAGUGGAUUUGGAGAACCCUGAAGAAAUGGAGGAAGAAAUCCCAGUGGUGAUCUGUGCUGCUGCGGGCAGGAUGGGUGCAGCUGUAGCAGCAAUCAGCAGCAUCUACAGCAACACAGAGGCCAAUGUUUUAUUCUACAUCAUUGGGCUGAAGACAACCAUCCCACACAUUCGAAAAUGGAUUGAAAAUUCUAAACUGAAAGAAAUAAAAUUUAAGGUUGUGGAAUUCAAUCCUAUGGUACUAAAAGGAAAAAUCAGACAAGAUGCAUCACGUCCUGAGCUACUGCAGCCUCUGAACUUUGUUCGAUUUUAUCUUCCUUCGCUUAUCCAGAAGCAUGAGAAAGUAAUAUAUUUGGAUGAUGAUGUCAUUGUUCAAGUCAGGUCACGAGUGAGGUGCCAGGCAUUGCAAUGUUUCCCUCCACCAAGAAGGAGUUGGGUGGGCCGUGAAGCCAGCAGGGAUGGUCAAGUGACAGGCACAUCUCAAUCAGCCAUUGCUGGGAAUCCAGGUGACAUCCAGGAACUCUACGAUACUAAGUUAGCUCCUGGACAUGCAGCAGCUUUUUCAGAUGACUGUGAUCUGCCUUCUACACAUGAAAUGGUUAGAAGUGUAGGGAUGCAGAACACAUACAUGGGAUUCCUGGACUUCAGAAAGCAAGCCAUUAGAGAUCUUGGCAUCAGCCCCAGCACCUGCUCUUUUAAUCCUGGAGUAAUUGUUGGUAACAUGACUGAAUGGAAACAUCAGCGGAUCACACAGCAAUUGGAAAAGUGGAUGCAAAGAAAUGUAGAGGAAAACCUCUAUAGCAGUACCCUUGGGGGAGGUGUGGUAACCUCCCCAAUGCUGAUUGUAUUUCAUGGAAAAUAUUCCUCUAUUAAUCCUAUGUGGCACAUAAGGCAUCUUGGUUGGAGUCCUGAUGCCCGUUACUCAGAGCAAUUUCUUCAAGAAGCUAAAUUACUUCACUGGAAUGGGAGAUACAAACCUUGGGACUACCCCAGUGUCCACACUGAUCUCUGGGAAAACUGGUUUAUUCCUGACCCCUCAGGGAAGUUCAAAUUAACUCAUCCUGACAGCUGAUACUGAAAUACUGCAUAACAUAGUGUAUGGGACACAUUUAAUAGUUUGAGAUGCAACAUGUUGUAUGAUUGGUUGAUUUUAGAAAAAAAAGUAUUUGUUAAAAAUAUGAAUAACUGACCAUCAGUUUUGUGUGCUUAUGGCAGCUGAGGGAGGCUGGAGUGACCAAUACACAGUUCAGAUUAUCUUGACUUUUACAUAAGGUGAGAAAACAAAUGUAUUUGACAAUGAAGUAUUUUCCUUAAACACUUACAGAGGUGAAAUUCAGUGUCAGAAAGAGUGCUUUAAUUUAAGGUCUUUCUAAGUAAGAUUCCAGUGUCUAAUAGGAAAAAAUCUACACAGGAAAUAGCUGCAGUGUUAUGUACAGUAAGUGUUUAGUUAUCUAGCCCACAUUAAACAGCCUGAAUUGAAAACCUGGGCAGAUGUUACUGAGUUCUGUUGUGGGGUGACUGUUUUGGGGCAUCUCUGCGUAUAGCACAUCCUGUAGUGCACUUGGCAAGAUGCAAAAUACAUUCCAAUACAUUGAAGUACAAUU